AUGGGUCGCCCCAGGAUGCUCGGCGGCGCCGGCGGCGGCAUCGACCCCAUCGCCGAGGAGCCCCACCACCACGCGCGCUCCCCCGCCGACGGCGGCCUCGGCCUCGGGCCCGACCCGGCGGCCCUCGCCUGCGCGAUCUCGGCCGAGGCCAGCGCCGUGCUCGCCGUCAUGCGGCGCGGGCUCCGGCACCCGCGCGCCACGGCGGCCGACGACGCCGUUGCCGAGCACCCGCUGGUCGCCUCCCUCCGCGCGCUCCGCCGCCUCGCCUUCUCCCCGUCGUCCCCCGCGGCCGCGCUCCCCGCCGCCGCGCUGCGGCCCUUCCUCGACGCCGUCCGCUCUGUGGACGCCGGCGCCGCCGUCACCUCCGCCUCGCUCGCCGCGCUCCACGAGGUCAUGUCCCUCACGGGGCCCGCGCUCCCGGGCGCCGCGCUCCGGGAGGUCGUCGACGCCGUCGCCAUCUGCCGCUUCGAGGCCGGCGCCGAGCCCGCGGCCGAGGAGGCCGUGCUCAUGAGGAUGCUGCAGGCGCUGCUCGCUUGCCUCCGCGCGCCCGCCGCGCCCGCGCUCGGGGACCAGCAUGUCUGCACCGCAGUCAACACCUGCUUCCGCGUCGUCCACCAGGCCGCGGCCAAGAGCGAGCUCCUGCAGCGGUUCUCGCGCCACGCGAUGCACGAGCUCAUCCGCUGCGUCUUCGCGCGCCUCCCAAAGAUACGCAGUGCUGAUGGAGUUGACGCUGCUGUCAAACCAGAGAUGGGUGGCAUGGAUGUGAAUCAUCCUUUUGGUAUCAGGCAAAUGGAAAAUGGCAAUGGAAGCUAUGUGUCCGAGACAGGUACAUCUGAUGAGAAUUCUGCAGAUGGCAGUGGUCUUGUUGUAGAGCCUUAUGGAGUCCCUUGCAUGGUGGAGAUCUUCCAAUUCCUAUGCUCUCUCCUCAAUGUUGUUGAACAGAUUGGCUUAGAUGAAGAUCUACCUUUGUUUGCUCUUAAAUUGAUCAAUUCAGCAAUUGAGCUUGGUGGGCUUGCACAACCUCGUUUUGGGGCAACAUAUCAUCAGCAGGAGAUUGCAAUGGAAGCUCUUGUAGACUUCUGUCGACAGAAAAGUUUUAUGGUGGAGAUGUAUGCCAAUCUUGACUGUGAUAUAACCUGCAGGAAUGUUUUUGAGGAGCUUGCAAAUCUUCUAUCGAAGAGUGCUUUUCCUAUCAACUGCCCCUUGUCUUCCAUGCACAUUCUUGCUCUAGAAGGUUUGAUUGCUGUGAUUCAGGGGAUGGCUGAUCGUAUCGGGAGUGCAACCUCACGCCCUGAGCUCCUGCCUGUGGAGCUUGAUGAAUACACUCCUUUCUGGACUGUUAAGUGUGAGAACUUUUCUGAUCCUCGGCAUUGGGUGAAGUUUGUGCGUCAAAGGAAGUAUGUCAAAAGGAGGCUAAUGAUUGGUGCUGAUCACUUCAACAGGGACCCAAAGAAAGGUCUGGAGUUUCUUCAAGGCACUCAUCUGUUGCCUGAGAAGCUUGAUCCCCAGAGUGUGGCUUGUUUUUUCCGCUACACAGCUGGUCUGGAUAAGAAUCUUGUUGGAGAUUUCCUAGGCAAUCAUGACGAGUUUUGUGUUCAGGUACUUCAUGAGUUUGCUCAGACCUUUGAUUUCCAUGAGAUGAACCUGGAUACAGCUCUGCGUUUAUUUUUGGAGACUUUCCGGCUUCCUGGUGAAUCUCAGAAGAUACAGAGGGUUCUUGAGGCCUUCUCAGAUAGAUACUAUGAGCAGUCCCCUCAGUCUUUCGCAAACAAAGACACUGCUCUAGUGCUGUCCUAUUCCAUUAUAAUGCUGAACACUGAUCAGCAUAACAUGCAAGUGAAGAAGAAGAUGACUGAGGAGGACUUCAUCAAGAACAACAGGAACAUAAAUGGGGGCAGUGAUCUCCCACGUGAGAUGUUGUCUGAGCUAUACCACUCAAUCUGCCGAAAUGAGAUUAAGACAACACCUGAGCAGGGUUUGGGAUAUUUUGAAAUGUCUCCUAGUCGUUGGAUAGACCUAAUGCGGAAGUCAAAGUCUACGUCCCCAUAUAUUGUUGGUGACUCUCAGCCUUUCCUCGACCAUGAUAUGUUUGCUGUUAUGUCUGGCCCUACAAUUGCUGCCAUUGCGGUGGUAUUUGAUCAUUCAGAGCAUGAAGUUCUCUUGACUUGUGUAGAUGGCUUUUUGGGUGUUGCAAAGAUCUCUGCAUUUCAUCAUCUUGAGGAUGUUCUGGACGAUCUUGUUGUUUCUCUAUGCAAAUUCACCACUCUCUUGAAUACUUCUUUGGUUGAGGAGCCAGUUACUGCCUUUGGAGAUGAUCUUAAAGCUAGGUUGGCAGCUGAGACAUUAUUUACUAUAGCUAACAGAUAUGGGGAUUACUUACGCACUGGAUGGAGGAAUGUAUUGGAUUGCAUCCUGAGGCUGCAUAAACUAGGGCUUCUCCCUGCCCGUGUUGCUAGUGAUGCAGCUGAUGAUUCUGAGCUUUCUGCUGAAGCAGUCCAAGGAAGGGCUGCUCCUAGCGCAGUUCCCCCAUCUCAUAUUCCAAUGAUGGGUACACCUCGCAAAUCCUCUGGGCUUAUGGGAAGAUUUAGUCAGCUGCUCUCUCUUGACAGUGAAGAACCAAGAUCACAACCAACGGAGCAGCAACUUGCCGCUCACCAGAGGACUCUUCAGACAAUUCAGAAAUGCCGCAUCGAUAGUAUAUUUACAGAGAGCAAAUUCUUGCAGCCUGAUUCACUAUUGCAACUUGCCAGGGCUCUGAUUUGGGCUGCAGGCCGACCUCAAAAGGUUGCCAGUUCGCCAGAUGAUGAGGAUACAGCAGUUUUCUGCUUGGAACUGCUGAUUGCCAUAACCCUUAAUAAUCGAGACCGAAUUGUGCUCCUCUGGCAAGGUGUAUACGAGCAUAUUGCCAACAUAGUUCAGUCCACAGUUAUGCCGUGUGCUCUUGUGGAGAAAGCUAUUUUUGGACUCCUGAGGAUAUGCAAGAGUUUACUACCAUACAAGGAGAAUCUUGCUGAUGAAUUACUGAGUCAGAAUCACUCCCAGAAGGACUACAGAAACAUGGAAGGGUCCCUUGUGCUUGCCAUGAAACUAGUUGCAAAAGUAUACCUUCAACUCUUGCCGGACCUUUUUGGCCUAAGCAGUUUCUGCAAACUGUGGCUGGGAGUCCUGAGCCGGAUGGAGAAGUAUAUCAAGAUCAAGGUCCGAGGCAAGCGGAGUGACAAGCUGCAAGAGGUGAUCCCGGACCUGCUCAAGAACAUUCUACUCGUGAUGAAGAACAAGGGCAUCCUUGCGAAGAGGAGCACGAUUGGGGGUGACAGCUUGUGGGAGCUGACGUGGCUUCAUGCGAACAACAUCUCAACUAGUUUGCUGGCUGAUGUUUUUCCAAGUCAGGAGUAUGAGCAACAGAGCAGUGCCGGUAGCCCAAGAGGGCCCAGUCCUGUAGAGGCGUAG